CGCCUUUUGGCGCCAUCUCGUGGCACACAUGCUGGCGCCAAAACGUGAACGCGAUGACGUCAAAUCCGCCUCGAUUUCCGUUUCGUUGAUUUACAGGAACAGGAACGUCUACAGUGACUUGGUGGCCCAAAAACAUUGAGGAAAAUAUAACUGUCAAGCCAGGGCUUGUGCCUGAUUCCGGUGUCCGUGAAUGGAAGUGGAGAUAGCAUUCGAGAUGGGUCCUGAGAGAAUCUUACCAAACUCUGAGGAGGAGCUGGGCCAGGAGCGGCCGUCAGAUGGUGGAGUGGGCGGGGAGUGGAGUGGAGAGGACAUGGAGGAGGGCGGUGUGGGAGAUGAUGAGGAGGAGGAUGAUGGAGGUUACUAUUACCAGCCACUAAACCAGGACCCUGAUGGACUAAAUGCUGCACCUGGAGAUCAGCCUGAGGAUAUGCCCCCAGUAGCAGAGCAACUGCAUGAAGUCCAGGAGAGAAUAGAGUCAAUGGGCUUACAUCUUCCCCAGCCCCCUCCCCUAGACAGUGAUGAGGAGGAGGAGCCAGAAGGAGCCUCUGCCCUGAGCAGCGCAGCCUCCAUCCCCAUGGAUGAAGACCACGUGGAGCUGGUGAAGAGGACCAUGGCAGCAGUGGCCCUGCCCUCUCUGGCUAUCCCAACCUGGGCUCAGGAGAUCUCUGACGACCAAUGGAAGGACAUGGUCCAACAGACACUCCAGACUCGCCAAAGCUCUGGAGGCCUGAUGCUAGAGCGCAAAUAAGACUGAAUGGGCCUCCUUCCCACAGUCUGUCUAACUGUGCCAUGCAUUUCACCAUCACAUUUACCUCAGGGGAGUCUGAGCUGAGCUCCUCUGAGCGGGUCAUGAGUUCUAGGUGUCUCAAAUCUCAAGUUCCAAUUCCUAUUAGAUUAAGAUAUCUCUCCUAAAUGUGUUUGAUAGGAGCCUCUGGGUACUCACUACUUCUAAGGGCGGCAGGUAGCUAGUAACUGAAAGGUUUCUGGUUCAAACCCCAAGCCGACUAGGUGAAAAGUCUCUGUGCCCUUUGAGCAAGGCACUUAAAACAAAUUGCUCCUGUAAGUCACUCUUGAUAAGAGCAUCUGCUGAAUGACUAAAAUGUAAACAUUUACUUGGUAUUUGUAAAGUUUAAUGUGAAUGAGGUCAAAUGAAUGAGUAUAGUAUAUUUGUCUCUCAGAUCAUGCAAACUCUUACUGCUUCUGGAAGGAAGAACUUGAAUCAAUGUACAGCAGUUUAAAGUAUAAUGAGGCUCAAUGGUUAUGACAGGUAAAGCCAAUUGGCCUUGAGAACAGAAACACUACUCUACGUGAACUAGGAGUUCCCCCACCCUAAGCUUUUUGAAACGUUCCAGUGUACAGUCAUACCACCUUUCCAACACCAGAUCGCCUUUGUUUAUUUUUGGGUGGUGAUUACCAUAUUGCAAUACUGUUUAAUCAUUGUCUUUGUUGAGCAUAAUAUAUAUAUAUAUGGGCAUCCAUAGGAAAUGAACAAUAAAAAUGUCCCCCGUCUCGUAACGUUAAUUUCCUGGGGACCCAAAGGGGUGCACAUUUUAGAGACCUGAUUCCACUCAUAUGUUUCUGAUGAAUGGAAUCGGGUGUGUACUGUUAGGGUAAAAACACAUGUGCACCCCUUUGGGUCCCCAGGAUGAUGGAUAUUGACUUGUUUUGUGUGUGAGGGCAACAUAUUUCCAAACUCGAUGGAUGUCAAACAUGUCCACUUUAUUUUUUGCCUUUUUCUUUUGUUCUGUACAUACAUGAACAUCUGUACAAAAUGAUUUUCAUACUAUGUAAUGCUCUAACUAAUUAAAGUACAACCUAUGUACAUAUGA